AUGAACGACGAUGUUCAGAUUCACCUGAGCGAACUCAUCGCUCAGUUUGCAACGGACAACCAAGAUGAUCUCGACGCUGCAACCUUCCAAAGCUUGACAGCCCCGGAAACGCUCCGUAGUAUCAGCAGCAAGGCUGCUCUGAGCUUGUUGAAAGUCGAAGACGCUGUCGUUACGAAUACCGAAGGCUCGACCGCCUUGCAAGACCGCUGCGUUGCUGCCAUGGCUGCCAACUGGAAGGAUGUUGGUGCGUCCCUCACGUCGGAUCAGGGACUCGCGACACUGAAGCCCCCCGUUCUAGCGAAAGUCGUGGCCAAGUAA